AUGAAGGCUUGCACGACUUCCUUGCUGGCCCGGGGCUUGCUUCGGCCCCACUCGUCAUCCUCUCUGCUUGCGGCUGCGAGUCCGCAGUCACCACGAGUGAGCGGCCUCAUAUCGACACGGUCAAGUCUCGCGCGACAGCAUGGAAGGAUUGGGUUCAGUCGGUCAUUCAUCACUGACGAGAAGGCGAGCGGUGCUUCGAAGAAGAAGGCGCUCCCGUUUGCUUUUGCGUUUGACAUCGAUGGCGUCCUCCUGCACGUCGCCAAGCCCAUCCCGGGCGCCUCGGAGACUCUCACCUACCUGCAGCAGCACAACAUCCCCUUCAUCCUGCUCACCAACGGCGGCGGCAAGCACGAGGCCGAGCGCGUCGCUGACCUGAGUGCACGCCUGGGCGUGUCUCUGUCCACGGACAAUUUCGUCCAGAGCCACACGCCGUUCCAGGAACUGGCGCGGCUGGGCGGUGGCAGCUUCGGGAGUGUAGACGCGGCGGAUGCGCAGAGUCAGGAGGAGAAUCAUAACGGUUCGCUGCGCCACAAGAACAUUCUCGUCACGGGCUCGGACCCCGCCAAGUCGCGCCUCAUAGCCGAGCAGUACGGCUUCAGGUCCGUCAUAACCCCCGCCGACAUCCUCGCGGCACACCCGUCCAUCUUCCCCUUCGAGCCGCUCCUUACAGAACGGUACGCCGCCACCGCGCGGCCCCUGCCCACCCCCAACCCCAAGAUUGACGCCAUCUUCGUGUUUAACGACCCGCGCGACUGGGCGCUGGACUCGCAGCUCAUCCUCGACCUGUUGCUUUCGGAAGGUGGCGUGCUGGGCACGUACUCGGCCAAGAACGGGCGUAAGGAUUUGGAGGGACACGGCUGGCAGAGCGACGGGCAGCCGAGGCUGUUCUUCAGUAAUCCAGAUUUGUUCUGGAGCGCUUCUUAUGAUUUGCCGCGGUUCGGACAGGGCGCGUUCCAGGGCGCGCUGGCGGGCGUGUGGGCGGAGAUCACGGGGGGGAAGGCGAGCCUGAAGAGUACUACGAUCGGGAAGCCUUAUGCGCUUACUUAUGCGUACGCGGAGCGCGUGCUGGGUGCGCAUCGGGCUGCUCUUCUUAAAUCUGGUGGGGGCGAUAAUACCAAAAAGGAGACUGUGGAGGCCGAACUUCAACACGAGAUGCAGGAAGCGGAAGGCGGCGAAAAAGCGGCGACGGGAGGGCUUGAUGGGAACCCCCUGGAGAGGGUCUACAUGGUCGGCGACAACCCCGAGAGCGACAUCCGCGGCGCCAACGAGUACCGUAGUCCUGCUGGCACGGACUGGACGUCGGUGCUGGUGCGGACGGGGGUGUGGAGCGCGGAGCGCGGCGAGCCGAAGCAUACGCCGCGCGUGGUGGUUGAUGAUGUUAAGGCGGCGGUGGGGUGGGCGCUGGAGCGGGAGGGGUGGCGGUGA